AACUGUGCGUGCCCUGCCCGACAAGCAUUCCAGCGCUGGCACUCGGGUCGCGAUGUCUCGCUCGGUGACCUUCGCCUUGGCCUUGCUGGCGCUUCUCUUUCUGACGAGCACCGACGCUAUCCAGCGUACUCCAAAAAUUCAAGUGUACUCCCGUCACCCAGCAGAGAAUGGGAAGCCAAACUUCCUGAAUUGCUAUGUGUCUGGGUUUCAUCCACCUCAGAUUCAAAUAGACCUGUUGCAGAAUGGAGAGAAGAUAGAAAAGGUGGAACAGACAGAUCUGUCCUUCAGCAAGGACUGGUCUUUCUAUCUCCUGGCCCACACUGAAUUUGUCCCCAAUGACAAAGAUGAAUAUGCCUGCAGAGUUACACACGUCACUCUGCAGAGUCCUGCUCUUGUUAAGUGGGAUCGGGACAACUGAUCAGCAUCACUGAGGUUUGAAGAUGCUUCAUUUGAAUUGGUCUAAUUUGAAACCAUUUUCUUGAUUUUUAAUAUUGAUAUGCUUGUACACUUUAUGCACAAAAUAAGGAGGCCAUAAUCAUGUUAAUGCAAGCAUUGUCUGCAUAAUAUAUUUGGGCACUGUCUGUUUGUUUGUCUCACUGCAGUCUAGAUUUGCGGACAAAAACUGAAGACCACAUUUGGAUCCUACAUCUCUUAAAAGAAACAAUAAAAUAUCUAUAUGUAAACCUUA